UAUAUUAUCUGAGCAGGAACCCAUUGACCUUGGCAACUCAAACGUUGAAUUUAUUGACAUCUAAGUCCCUGCUUAGGUUGGGAUGGAGGGACUGGAGACUCCAACCGACCCCCAGAAUGGGGUAGCAUGUGUACAGAUAUACUGAGUGACAACUGGUCUCCAGUGAAGCAAACAUUUCACAGGGGGUUGAACACAACAUCUUUGCCUAUUCGGGGAUUAGUGGACGUAUCCACAGGGACUGUGGGAGGUAUACAUGGGCUGGAGAUUUAAUGGUGCAGGGGAGCCACAGUAGGUAACAGUGCACAUGGACUGCAGAAGAAGAUUCCGUGGUUAGGGCCAGCAGCUUCAAGCCCCCACCAUUGAGCUUAAUCAAGCAGAAAGGGUGUAUGUUCCAUCUCAUAGUCUUAGAUUCAGUGUGGUACAGCUAAUGCUGGUCUUUUGUGUUGAAAUACUUAAUCUCAAUGGAGAGGGGUUACAAAUGGCUUCACCAUGGAUGAAUUAGUCAGGUGGUCACCUUUGAUUUCUUUUCCCCCUUCUUUGUGAAGAGGUUCCAAGACUGAUUUCUGAAAGUAGAGGAUUUGGUAAUGAGGAAGGCCAGUCACUCUGUGAUAUAUUAUUAUAUAAAACAAGAGAGUGUUGUCAGUUAGUAUAUCAAUAUAUAAAUUAGUAGAACUGUUUAUUCCAGGACUGGGAACCCAUUUUCAAAGCACAUGUGUAUUUCACAAACCACAAUACUUUAAUGUGCUAAGAGUCUGAUGGAAUUGUGAAAAGGACUUAUGGCAGUGGGAAUUUUAAACCCACGAUGUGGACCAAAUGGGGGUUGGGUUAACCACUAUCAAGGAGUUGAAAUGUGUGCAAUUGGAUCCAAGAUCAUGUAGUUACAACGUAUUGCAAGGAGAGGUUCAGAAAGGAUAUGCAUUUUCUGUCCUAAUAUUAUUAGCAAUGACCGAGCUCGUGAAACUACCCAAUCCAAGUGCAAAGUAGAGGACACGGUGAGAAUAAAUGGUAUUUAUCCUUGAAAUAAGGGCAAGUGUGAUAUGCAGGUUUAAAAAUGAAAGGUAGAUUUCUCCCUCAGGUGAGGCACCAAGAUGAUCAAGUUUUUAUUAAAAACCCAGCUAAAUUUUCUAUUCAAUUUACAUUAAUUUUGACAGUGAAGUGCUUCCUUCCCAUCGAUAACUUCUCCCCGCUGAACGCCUCACUCCAUUUCCUGAGAUAGAUUUUUUCUGCAUUGUAUAGAAUGGAAAGUCGUGCAGAAUUAUCAGGCAUCGCACAGACACUGUGGGACAAUGACGUGAACAGACUUCAACCGGGGAUCGAUUACAAGAUUUCCCUUCAGGUAGGACAGAGAAAAACACAUGUCAAAACGACAUUUCCGUUGUUCCUCUUCGUGAAUGAGGACGUCUUUAAGAAGAAAACAUUUUCAGCUUUCAUUUCCCUGUUGGAUAAUUAUGAGGCUGACAGAGGGCAACCUGAGGUCAUUACCCCAGAGGAGGAGAAUGAAAUCCACAGCUUUUUGGAUGCUCUAAUGGAGACCAGAGUGUUGCAGAUCGCUCACAAUUAUUUAAUCAAAAAAGGGAGGGCGAAAGUGAACACAGAAGAAUUCAAAUGGCAAUUGUAUGAUAUGUGGUUCCAUCUAUAUACACGUGAAGGCUCCGAUCAGCCCAAUUCAUCUGGGUUUGAGCACGUGUUUGUGGGCGAAACACGUGGUGGACGGACUGUCAUUGGAUUCCACAACUGGAUCCAGUUCUACCUCCAGGAGAAGCUUGGUCACGUGGAUUACAGAGGGUACACCAUGCCGAAUAACCAACAACCGGAUGAGAAUAAGCACCUGCUAACACUGCAGUUCAGCUGGAAGAAUGGAGUGAAGCCCCAUGGCAGCUGCUUCCUGGGUGUGAGCCCAGAGUUUGAAUUUGCCCUGUACACCAUCAUCUUCCUCGUCUCCCCAGACCACCAGCUCAAGCUCAGGUUCAGCGAGUACGAGGUGAUGAUCGUAUGUCACAGCAACAAAAACAAGAACAUUGAGACCACGUACCCCAUUCUCUUGCGCUAUUUAGUCAAUUCAUGGAGGUGAAACUCAACCCCAAAGGACCCCAAAUCCAUUCCCUCCUGACCUCCUCUACCUAUUUGAUUUCACCUGUUAUCUCCAUCUACCUCUCUCUGCCUUAAAAAUAUCCAUUGACUUGGCCUCCACAUCCUUCUGUGGCAAAUAAUUCCACAGAUUCACCACCCUCUGACAAAAUUAAUUCCUUCUCAUCUUCGUAAAGGAACAACCUUUAUUUCUGACGCUAUGACCUCUAGUCCGAGACUCUCCCACAGUCUAGUGUGAAACAUCCUCUAUACAUCCACUCAAUCCAUGCCUUUCACUACUCAGUAUGUUUCAAUGAGGUGGCCCCUCAUUCUUCUAAACGCCAGUGAGUAUAGGUCCAAUGCCAUCAAAUGCUCAUCAUAAGUUAACCCACUAAUUCCUGGGAUCAUUCUUGUAAAACUCUGGAUCUUCUCCAGAGCCAGCACAUCCCUCCUCAGUUAUGGUGCCCAAUAUUGUUCAUAAUACUCCAAAUGCCUGACCAGCGCCUUAUAGAGCCUCAGCAUUACAUCCCUGUUUUUAUAUACAAGCCCUCUUGAAAUAAGUGCUAGCAUUGCGUUUGCCUUCUUUAUUACUGAUUCGACUUGCAAAUUAACUUUUUGGGAAUCCUGCACCAGUACACCCAAGUCCCUUUGUACCUUCGAUUUCUGGAUUCUCUCCCUAUUUAGGAAAUGGUCUACAACUUUAUUCCUACUACCAAAAUGUAUGACUCCACACUUUGCUACACUAUAUUCCAUCUGCCACUUCUCUGCCCACUCUCACAACCUGUCCAAGUCCUCCUUCACAGUCCCUAAUUUCUCUCCACUACCCUCCACCUACUUUCGUAUCAUCCGCAAACUUGGCCAUUAACCCUUCAAUCCCUUCAUCCAAAUCAUUAAUAUACAAAGUGAAGAGUAGCAGCCCUAGCACUGAGCCCUGCGGAACUUCACUAGUCACUGGCAGCCAACCAGAAAAAAGCCCCCCUUUAUUGCCACUCUUUGUCUUCUGUCAACCUGCCAUCCGUGCUAGUAUCUGCCCUUUGAUACCAUGGGCUCUCAUCACCUUCAGCAGCCUCACGUCUGGCACUAUUUUAGAGGCUUUCUGAAAAUCUAGUUAAACAACUUCCAAUGAAUCUUCUUUGUCUGUCCUACUUCUUCAAAUAAUUGCAGCAGAUUUGUCAGGCAAGAUCUCCCCAUCACAAAACCAUGCUGACUUUGGCCUAUUUUAUCAUGAACUUUUUAGCACUCCAUUAUCUCACCCUUUAUAAUGGACUCAAAAAGUCCAACUCAGCUACAUCCUCACUGUGGCCAGAGAGCUGCUCUCUGAAUAGUAGCCUGGACUCAGUCUGUUAAGACACACAAAGAGUAUGAUGUUCACCACGUGACAACCCCGUGAGAAGUACAGGGGAUGCGCUAACCAUCAUAUGUGGCAUUCAUAGCCCAAAGGCUUUGACUCUGCCGAGAGGGAUUGUGGAGCACUCUGUCUAAAUUUGACUGCUAUCAGAAACGUACCUCCUUCUCACAUCAGGUGGCUUGGACACAUCCAUCAAAUCUUUUUUAAUAAUUCUCUGCAAUGAUGAAAACAAUUUGUCUUGUUAAAUUUGGCUGUCAGGAUCUGGGCCAGAAUAUAUUACUCAUGACUAAUUGUCUUUGCGAAAGUGGUGGGUAGCUGGCUUCAGGUACACCUUGUAUCAUUCUGGUGAAAGCACACCUGCAUUGUUAUUUGGUGGGGAGUUCCAGGGAAAAGACCCAGUAAC